AUUGUGUCGAUCCUCACCGCCUAUGUUUACAUCGUGAAGGUUCUCAGCCCGGGUAUAAUGAGGAACGCCAAAGCUUACGAGCUCCGUCCAGUGAUUCUAUUGUACAACGCGGCUAUGGUUAUCGCGAACUUAUCGAUGUCCUCCUACGUCAUUUACCACGCAUUCUGGACAGGUCACUAUGCCAUGUGGUUCACUACGCCGGACCGCGGAGAUCACCCCACGACACUCCUGCUGCUGAACGUGUCCUGGUAUUACCUCGUCCUGCGCUUGACGGAGUGCCUUGAAACUGUAAUUUUCGUCCUGAGGAAACGUUUCAGACAGGUUUCCACUCUACACGUUUUCCAUCACGUCUCGGUCACGUUUUCGGUUUACUUCUACAUCACCUAUGGGGGUUUCGCCCUCGCGUGCUUUGAGCUCACUUUCAAUGCCUUGAUCCAUGUUGUGAUGUACGGCUACUACUUCCUGUCCGCCUGCGGCCCUUCUAUCCAGAAAUACCUCUGGUGGAAGAAAUACAUCACCAUUUUGCAGCUCGUUCAAUUCGCUGUCAUGAUCGCACGUAACAUCAUGCUCGUGUUCUGGCUCAAUAACAGAUACUCCGCAUUGCCAGCAUUCAUGUUGUUCCAGUGCUUCGUCUUCUUCCUCCUAUUCUUCCGCUUCUACAUACAGUCAUACCGUCAGAAGCGCGAAUAGAAACUCCAGGAGCGGGCCGCUUAAAAAGCAGCGCUGAACAACAGCCUCGAUGAACGGGUAGACGACGAGAAGAGUCUUUAUUGA